AUGAGAUUUAUCUGGUGGACGGUGGCGUACGCCGCUGCGGCGUUGGCGCGGCCACAAGCCCCGCCUGGGACUCCGACGAACUCGACCCCGACGAGCACGACGCCAACGCAGACACAGCCUCCUACCGGUGGUGCUGGAAACGGCAGCGGUGCCUGUGGACAGAUCCAGCCUCAGAUUCAGCAAUUCCUCCAGGCCAGUCCUAAGGCGACACCGAAAGUCAAUGCGCAAACCGCUUUUGACUGCCUUCAGUCUGUCCCGAACAAGCCUGGACCGGCCAAGGAUCUCAUCAAGAGCUUAAAGGCGUACGUCCAAUGGCAGAGCACGCUAUCCUGGCUCAAGAACCCUCCCGCGUCAUACAUGCUCCCGCCCACCGACAUCGAGGGCGGUCUUUCAAAGAUUGGCGAGAAGGCGGCUGCUGGAGGCUACAAGAGCGAGUACGACUUCCAGCUUGAGAUUUUCCAGCUUUUCGCGUCUGCCCAUGACGGUCACUUCGCCUUCCGAGGCGACAUCUUCAAGGGCUUCAGCUUCCGUAAUACGCUCGCCAGCGACAUUGUCUCAGUGUCUCGAGAUGGUAUCGAGGUGCCAAAACUGUAUCACAUGGGACAACUCGACAACAAUUCUUCAGCUCCCGCCAUCAUUAGGAUCAACGGCCGCGAUGCUGCUACUCUGCUCGAGGAUCUGAACCUGAAGUUCAGUGGGUACCAGGACCCCGACUCUCAAUGGAACGCGAACUUCAAGUCCUACGCCUUCAAGGAAGCGGUUCCUCUCAUCGCCGCAUCUCUUGCGUUCCAGGGUCCGAAGGUGACCAUCACUUACGACAAUGGUGAGGAGAAGUCUGAAGACAGCUUUGCACUCAUUCGUGCCGGAGCAAACUUCACCAACGUGAACAAUGGCGAGGACUUCUACAACAAGUUCUGCAACCCGGAUGCCAACAAGACCCCUGCCAACGGCACCAAGCCCGACGCACCCAAGACCAGCUCGCCGCCGCCUCCGCCCAAACCGACCAUUGAGGGCUACCCGUACCCUGUUGUACGUGACAGCGGUGCCAACACCACCUCCGGGUACUUCCUCAAUGGUACUGGUUAUGAGGAUGUUGCUGUUCUCUCUGUGACAUCCUUCGCGCCCCCGGAUGCGAUUGAUGCCACUGAGUACCUCACCAACUUCCAGGACACUGUCGCCAAGUUCCUCGCCGAGAGCAAGAAGGCUGGAAAGAAGAGGCUCGUUGUUGAUGUCGCUGCUAAUGGUGGUGGUUUCGUUGUUGCUGGCUUUGAGCUGUUCGCCCAGCUGUUCCCGGAGGUCGACCGCUUCCAAGCCAACAACCUGCGUCUCUCAGACAGCAUGAACAUGAUGUCUCGCCUGGCAAACGCCAUUCCUGCCAACUUCACGCCAAGCAGUCCUGAGGAGAAGGGUGCCCUUGAGGCUCUCGCCAGCAGCGCUGUCAUUACCAAUCUGCUGCCCGGCCAGGUCUUCACUCCUGAUGAGCAGGCCUUCACGACGGUUGACCAGAUCCUGGCUCCCGUCUCUCUGAAUGGCGAUACCUUCACCGCCUACCAAGAGGCCCCGCUCAACCAGACUGACCCGUCAUUCAACCUGACUGGUGUCGGUAACAAAGCCAACCCGCCCCCUCGCGUGUUUGCGCCCGAGAACGUCCUUCUGUUCACUGAUGGAACUUGCGGCUCAACCUGCACCAUCUUCUCUUACUUGAUGAUCCUUCAAAUGGGUAUCAAGACUACUGUCAUCGGAGGACGUCCUCUGUCGGGCAUCAUGCAGUCCAUCGCUGGUGUUGAGGGUGCCCAGGUCUUCUCCUUCAACGACCUUACCUCUGACGCGAAGGCUAUCCUCGCUCUCGCUCCCAAGGACAAGAAGGAGGAAGUCAUGAACAGCGACGUCGGCGAACUGGCCAAGGGCUACGCCAUCAAGCGUGCCACCACCCCCAAGUCCGCCGGCGCUGUCAACGGCAAGAAUGCCUUCUCCAUGUCAGAUGCCAAGACUCCCCUGCAGUUCUUGUGGGAGCCGGCCAACUGCCGCAUCUUCUACACUAAGGAGAUGCUCACCCAACCCGUGGUGGCGUGGAAGCGCGCCGUCGAUGCCACAUGGAACAACCCCACACAGUUCUGCGUCGCCAACAGCAUCUACCCCGUCAACAAGACCACAACACUGGAUCCGUUCUUCAAGCAGAGCCGCAAUAACACCGGCAUGCCGAUGAGCGCGGCUUCUACGGAUGCUGUAUCCGUCUCUGGGCUGAGACUAGCACUCCUCAUUGCGACUCUUACGGUUGCGUUGUUGAGCCUAUAG